GCCGCCUCCCGCGCCCGCCCCGCCGCGCUCCCGCCAGCCCGGGAGCCCCGCGGAGCCCCGCGAUGCUCCGCCGCCGCCUGCCCCUGCUCGGGCCCUGGCUGCUGCUGCAGACGGUGUGUGCCGGGGGUCACAUCGCCAAGACCCUGGGGUACCUGGAGCUGGGCACCUCUGGCCUCCUCAAGGAUGUCCCCUACGGCGCCUUGAAGCCCCCAAUGCUUGACCCCAGGCGGCUGAUUCCGGCUGAGCCCCCCCGGGGCGCGGGGACACCCUUGGGCGAUGCCCGGAGCCCCUGGGACUGGCAGAAGAACCAGACGGCCGGGGAGCUGCCGAGCCCCCGUGCCCGCCGCAAGCCCUCGCUCAAGUCCGGCCGCACCAAGAAGAUCUUUGGCUGGGGUGACUUCUACUUCAACAUCAAGACGCUGAAGUUCAGCCUGCUGGUGACGGGGAAGAUCGUCGACCACAUCAACGGGACCUUCAGCGUCUACUUCCGCCACAACUCCUCCAGCCUGGGAAACGUCUCGGUCAGCAUCGUGCCCCCCUCCAAGGCGGUGGGCUUCGAGGUGCUGGUGCCAGCCCCCCUGCCGCUCCCCCGCCCGCCCCCCCAGCAGAGCACCCUGCCCGAGGGGCGCCCGGCCAAGGCCCUCAACUGCCACGUGGAGUACGAGAAGACCAACCGGGCGCGGAAGAACAAGCCCUGCCUGUACGACCCCUCCAAGGUGUGCUUCACCGAGCACACGCAGAGCCACGCCGCCUGGCUCUGCGCCAAGCCCUUCAAGGUCAUCUGCAUCUUCAUCUCCUUCCUCAGCAUCGACUACAAGCUGGUCCAGAAGGUCUGCCCCGACUACAACUUCCAGCACGACAACCCCUACUUUGGCUGACGGCCGCAGGAAGGGGCGGCGGGCGCCAGAGCUGGGGGCAGAUGGGGGCCGGGGGCUCCCGCACCCCGUCCCGGCUGCACAGUGCCCCACAUCACCCCCGUACCACCACCCCCCCCAUCGCUGCAGCACCUCCCCGGGGCGUGGGAGCAGGGCCAGGGCCACCCCACCUGGGGCGCGGCUGGUGUGUGGGGGGCCCGUGCCCACCGCAUGGCCACGCUCAGUCCCUGCGGCUGGGUGGGGGCCGCAGGCUGGGCCGGGGUCCCCAGGAGCGUGUGGGUGAGUCGGGGGGGACAGCCCCAUGCGACGGCACCGGCUGGGCGCCUGGCACCUGCGGGGUGGGCACGGGGUGGGACUUUGCCACGCUCCGGCGAGUCCCGGUGCCGGGGGGAGCUCAGGCGUCACCCCAAGCACUGGGGGGGGGCUGUGUUGGGGGGGGCUGUGUUCCACAGCCGUGGGAGAUGUGCACGCCUCUGUGUGCGGACACGUAUGUGCCCGCACCAGCCUGUGCGUGUCCGAGGGCACCCGCCCGCGGAUUUUGGAGCCCCCCCAUCGGCCCCUCCCAGGCUGCGGCAGCACUGGGGCAUCAAACCAAGUCCCGGGUGCCCCAUGGAGCCCACUCUCCCCUCGGGAGAAGCCUGCCCAGCCUCGCCGCCCCUCACCCAGACCUGCGC